CAUUGCUUUCCUCCACUGUCCACGAGGUCACAGUUUUCACUAUUUGCUUUGUCUCCUUACUCGUGACAAAACUACCACGUGAUGAGGUAUCGCGGGACGUGACGUCACGCCAGCCCCAUGCAGUCACAGGCCGCCUCCCCUCCCAGCGUCCUGCUGUUGGAACCGUUCUACGGAGGUUCUCACAAGCAGCUGACGGACCUGCUGAGCUCACAACUGGACUCGUGUUCCGUCUUCACGCUGCCUGCCAAGAAGUGGCACUGGAGGGCCAGAACCUCAGCGCUCUACUUCAGCCAGAACAUCCCCCCCAGCCCUGCCUACAGAGUUCUAUUCUGCAGUUCAGUUCUGAACCUGUGUGAGCUUGCGGCUCUUCGACCUGACCUGGCCGGUCUCAAAAAGGUUCUGUACUUCCACGAGAACCAGCUGGUUUAUCCGGUCCGCAAAGACCAGGACCGGGACUUCCAAUAUGGAUACAACCAGAUUCUGUCAUGCCUGGUGGCGGAUGUGGUGGUCUUUAACUCCGCCUUCAACAUGGACUCCUUCCUGUCCACCAUCCCAUCCUUCCUGAAGAAGAUCCCGGACCACCGGCCCAAAGACGUGGCGCGGCUGAUUCGGCCCAAAUGUCAGGUGCUUCACUUCCCGCUCCACUUGGCCGACGUCAGCGGGCUGCUGCCCAAACAUAAACGCCUCCGUAGCCCCGCCCACCUGUGUCACACGGACGGCAUCAUCACGCCACAAACAGCAAGACCUUCACAUCAAUCCAGUCUAGACAGCCAAGAAGAUUCUCCUGUGAGACCGCUGCACAUCGUUUGGCCUCACAGGUGGGAACAUGACAAGAAUCCUGAGCUGUUCUUCAGCACCAUGUUGAAGCUGAAAGAUGAAGGUCUCCACUUCUUGCUGUCUGUGCUUGGAGAAACCUUCAGCGAUGUACCAGAAAUCUUUGCCCAGUCCAGACCUCUGCUGGACCCGCACAUCGUCCACUGGGGCUUCUUGUCCUCCAAAGACGAAUAUGUCAGCGUCCUGUGUGAGGCCGACGUGGUCGUCUCCACCGCCGCCCACGAGUUCUUUGGAGUCGCCAUGUUGGAGGCAGUCCACUGCGGAUGUUACCCUCUGUGUCCCAACGCUUUAGUCUAUCCUGAAAUAUUCCCAGAAGAGUACCUGUACACCACGCCUCAGCAGCUACACAGGAAGCUGCGCGCCUUCUGCACGAGGCCCCAAGUGGCCCGCUCGCAUGUGGUCAAGGCAAACCUUUGACUGGUAGUGUACUGCAUACUAUACUGUAUGUACAGUACAUAUAUAUAUAUAUACCGUACAUGCACAUAUACUUUGAACAGCAAAAGUUGGACCCACAUGUGAGUUUCAUGUGCAACGUAGCCAUGUGGAGAAUGACUGUAAUGACAUAAAAGUCAAACCCACAGCACACUCGCUGAGAACACUAUCCUGUUUAGUUGUGUUCACAAAAUAAGGGUUUCAUAAAAAAUUGUUUCCACCAAAAUUGAGGCAGCAAAGUGUACUACUUUUCAAAUGUAUACACCUUUUGUGAAAGUGUACUCCUGUCAAAAAGAAACUUCAUGACCUUUAUAUUCAAGUUGAAUGCUUUGAUAUUGCCGUACUGCUUGAAAGUAACCCUGUAAGAAAUUCAUAUCAUUAAGUAAUUCAUGGAGACGUUCACACAUUUCAUGCAAAAAGAGCUCUGGUUAGCACCCUCACUGAAACCAUGCAAACCUAAAAGUAUCGUAAUCGAGAAUUGUUAGGAACCGGAAUCGAAAGGAGGAAUCUGAAUCGGAACCGGGAUCGUUCAAAUUCAAACGAUGCCCGACCUUAAUUGGAAGCACAAAUUAAGUGCUUUACGUACACUAUAAACCUUGCAAAGCUGCAGUACCUGCGUGGCUGUUCCCAGUGUCAGUGAGUGGCGUGUGGCUGUUUUCUAUCUGAGUUGAACAGCUGCUACCGUCUUAAUGUCCAACAGAAGCUGGAGUAAUUCUACACUUCAUCAAACUUACGUUAGAUUUGUCAGAUCAAAACAUGUAGAUGCAGGGGCGCUGCAAGGAAUUCUGGGCCCCAUGGGAAAAAAAUCACACUGGGGCCCCAAUGCAGCUGUGGUCACUACAUCCCUACAUCCCAGCUGACCCUGAAAAGCUAUUUUUAUACUACUUCAUGGUUCCAACAUUGCUCCCUCACUCCAGUCAUGCUGCACUUCAGCCAGUAAGGAACUGACACUUACAGUCAUGGAAAAAAUAAUUUGAGCACCCUUGUUUCUUCAGUUUCUUGUUCAUUUCAAUGCCUGAUACAACAAAGAUACCUUUGUUUGGACAAAUAUAACAACGGCAACAAAAAUAGCCUAUAAGAGUUCAUUUUUUUGGCAGUACAAUGCCAUAGCUAAUCAUGUAAAAACUUGCUAUUUUGGUUAUUAUCAAGAAAAGCAUGGAAGUUGCUCGAUAUCAUCUCUUAAAUGAAACUCUUAUGAGCUUUCGUUGUUGUAUUUGUCCAAACAAACAUAUCUUUAGUCAUACCAGGCAUUCAAAUGGAUCAAUCAACUGAAAAAACAAGGGCGCUGUCAUCAUUGUUUCCAUGACUCUAUGUUCAUUUUUUGAAGCGGCUGACUGGUGUAGUGGUUAACAAUGUUGGCACGCGGCACAGCGCACUGUGGUUUGAGUCCUAGUCCAAAUGGCAACUUUUGACAAUAUACCCAUCCAUUUUCUAUGCCGCUUAUCCUCACUGGGGUCGCGGUAUGCUGGAGCCUAUCCCAGCUGACGUCGGGCGAGAGGCGGGGUACACCCUGGAAGAAUCGCCACCCAGAAUCGGCAAUUAAACUAGCAUGCAUGUUUUUGAAAAGAGAAAGAUAAUAAAUAUGAUUAUUAACAUUUUUUAACAAUAGCGGCCCUCACUUUGUCUGCCAAGAAAAAGUGUGGCUGGUCAGGUCCCCACUGAAGGUACCAAUUGUACCGCACAUCCCUGAUCAGUACACAUCAACAUAAAUGAUUAGUGCUAGCACAUAUUAUUUCAACUUUUAUUAUUUGGAUUUCUUUCUUGCAUUUUGUGGAAAGAAGUUAAAAGUGCGUGCAAAGUUGUAAAAUAUUGCAAAAUGCACCUGUUUUGGGGCUCACUUAAACGUAUGUCAGUGUAUCGUAUCGUGACACCCCUAAAAUACACCCUUAGCUUCUUGCUAGCCAGUUAGCCGAGUGCGGACGUAAACGUCACUAAGGCACGGAAACACACUUUGUGUCGUCAGGUGGACACGUGGGCUUUCUCGUGGGACGUCCUCAAGGGGCGUUUCCAAAGUCUGUUGACCCCAUGACCUCGUCUUCCACGUCGUCGACGUUCACGUGGACACUGGAUCUUUGUUUUCCAGAUGGAACAUCUUUCUGUUUUUUUCUGCUGCUAAUAAACGUGAUUGGUUGAGAUCUUCAUAGUCCACUUUUAUUUGGAUCACUCGCAUUUUGGAAUACUUGAAGUAAAUAUACACUUCAAGUACACUGUGUACCGUGUACUUCCAGUUGGGUUUAAAAUAAGAAGCAGUGUGACUGUGACGUUAUCAUCACAACUUGCCCACAAGUGUUCUGGAGUUGUUGGAUUGUGUACUUGCUGACUUAAGAUUCACUUGCGUUUCCGGGUCAUGUGAUUGUUGUUAGCAACUGUUGCGAAGUGGUUGUUGCUUGUUGUUCAGUGGAGAGUCAACACUUUAUAGGACUUAUCCUCCCCUCUUGUCUCCUUCUCAAUCACAUCUUCUUUGGUGACCCUCCAUGUGAGUAAUAUGUCCCCCCACCACAAUGACAACAGCGCGGCCAUACGGGUGAAACGACGACACGUGUGCCUUCAUGCAGUUCCGCCACCCGGCGCUACUGCGCAUGCGUAUACGUGGAAGCAUGUGAGAAAUGGAGCAUUUCUUCUUGGUUUUAGACGAGUAUUCGUUACGGAUAAUGCGUUUUUGCCGAGUACGAGCAUGAAACGAGUACAGGAAAAUCCUCAUUGGAUAACUACUUCUGUAUUCACUUUUCACGCUCUGUGAUUGGCUGGUCGCACACAGUGACCGCCCCUCCCGAGACAGACUCCUACAGCCAGAGAGAGGAGUACAUGGUGCAUUUGGCAACACAGAGUUGAAAAGAGCUCGUGUCGUGUUGGUCACUGCCUCCACUCCGGGCGGGUUUUUUUUUUUUUUAAUGUUUUCCUCAGCCCAGCUCGUAUCUGAAGUGACUUGGUAAACUUCUUUCGUUACGUACACGGUGCAUUUGACAAGACAGAGCUGUAAACGGCUGGUGUUGCGUCGGUCACUGCCGGUGCUUUGUUUGUUUUUUUUCUUCCGCUUGCUUCUAAUUUGGCUGCUGAUAUAAAGUCAGUUGGAAAACUGAAGAAAGAAAUAAAACUACAAGGUCAGACAAAAUGAUCUGACACAUUUGACACAUCUGACCUGAACCAUGUUGUAGACACUAUGCUUUCUUUACACUGUUCUCUUUACUUGUCUUGCUGCUGUAACAAGUAAAUUUCCCCGCUGUGGGAUAAAUAAAGUACAUACAAUACAAUACAAUUUGUAGGUUCAAUAAAAGGCAAAUAAAGAAACAAGAAAGUGUUUUUAUUUUGGAAAAGUACAUAUAAUGCCAUUGUGUUUCAUUAUGUUUUAAAAAUGAAAUCAGUCAAAUGGGAUCCAUUAUUGUCCACACACUCAGUGCAGAUCCAGUAGCUCUGAAGUUGGUAACCCAUAACCAGAUGAUGUUUGGAGCUGCUACGGGAUCAUGGCUACCAAGAUUGAAGUGCAAACGGAACGCUCGUUGUGUUGCAGUUACAGAUUCCUUUGUGUUGAUAAACGUUUCCACAAUGAAAGCGCGAUGCUCACCAGUCCAAUUCAUGGCAGCAACUGAAAAAGAAACGAAAAACAAUGGCAUUAGAAAGAAACAAAGCAAAAUGGCAUAUGUACUUUUCGAAAAUAAAAACACUUUUUUGUUUCUUUACUUUAUUUGCCUUUUAUUGAACCUACAAAUGUGUCAGAUCAUUUUGCCUGAUCCUGUACAGUGAACAAGGCUGACAGAUUAUUUCCCUGUUUGCCAUCACUGGAUGUUUGCAUGAAUCACCAACUUCACACAGAUCAUUAAAAAGUCUUACAGAUGACUUAUACACAUACACCAGGGGUGUCCAAAGCGCGGCCCGGGGGCCAUUUGCGGCCCGCGACUGUGAUUUUAUCGGCCUGCAGCACAGUCUAAAAAUUUAAUUGAACGACGGAAAAAAAAAAAAAACAGCAGCAAAAAUGGGAAAACCAAAUAAAAGUCAAAAUAUUAAGAAAAGACUUGUAAUCUAGCAAGGAAAAAAAGCCAUCAUUUCACAAGAAUAACAGAAUGAAGUUGAAAUAUGAAAUAUACAAGAAGAAAGUUGAAAUAUUUGGAAAAUUAUACAAAAAAAACAACAGCAGAAAUUUUACCAGACUUAAGUCAAACUAUUAAGAGACAAAAAAGUUUUCUAAUGAGAAGAAAGUUGCAAUUUUAUGAAUAAACUAAAAAUAUCAUUUUAGUAACAAUGUUGAAAUAAAGAAAAAAUACAUUCCAUAUUUGUUUUAAAAGAUAAGAGUUAUAUUUACAAGUGGAAAGUUGAAAUGAAAUAGUUGGAAAAUAAAAAAACACAAGAAAUGGGGAAAAAACAGCUGCAAUUUUACGGGAAUAAAGUCAAAAUAUAAAGAAAAAAAAGUCAUAAUCGAAUGAAGAACAAAGGUCGCAAUUUUACAAGAAUAACCUCGGAAAAAAAUGUCAUUUUUAGCAGCAUUUCACCCGUGUUCCAAAGGCAAAAUGCUGCUUUUUCUUGAGCUACAUAUACUCUAGCUUCUUAGCACAUCUCCAUGAAACUAAAUACUACUAAAUAUCAAAGUGGUCCUUGCAUCCUUUCAUUUUUCACUUUGUGGCCCUCGCUGGAAAAAGUUUGGACACCCCUGACAUACACAGUACACAUAGCUGAAGUAGCUGAAGAAUUAACAAUAAAUACAAACAACUUCUCAUCAAUCCAUGUCAAUGUCACACUUCAAAUAAUGUACUGAUUUAAGCCCCACCCUUGUCCGUUGUAUGCCCCGCCCACUCAAAGUACAGGUGCAGAUACAGAUCAUUUAGAUGGGUGAAGAGAUGCAGGUGCACUCGCUCAUCUCUAGUAGGAUCGUAGGUCCACCGCUAAAUUGAGCGCGUUGCCUUUGGGCUCAGCUCCCUCUUCACCACAACGGGCCGAUGCAGAGUCGGCAUCACUGCAGACGCCGCACCAAUCCACCCGUCCAUCCCGCGUUCCAUCCUUCCCUCACUCGUGAACGAGACCCCGAGGUACAUCAACUCCUCCACUUGGGGCAGGAUCUCAUCCCCGACCCGGAAAUGGCACUCCACCCUUCUCCCAGUGACAAUCAUGGACUCGGACUUGGAGGUGCUGAUUCUCAUCUCGGCUGCGAACCGAUCCGGUGAGAGUUGAAGGUCACGGCUCGAUGAAGCCAGCAGGACCACAUCAUAUGCAAAAAGCAGAGACAAGUAGCGGCUUGUACGCUGCAAGUGAAGGUACUUCCACACAGCUGACAUGGCUUUUCCGUACUUUCCGGCUCGCUGCAAAAACAAAGCAAAGAGGGUGCUGAGCCUCCCAUCUCCCAUCAAUAAAAAAGCAGACAUUGUCCCGAUCCUUUAGGACACAUAACUUUACUUUGUAGUGCGUUCACAAGACAAAUUCAUGUUCUUGUGUCCUUUUUUAAAUUUUCUUUCCUCCACAGUCAAGAAACUACCAAAAGCAAUGGGGGAAAAUAUAUAUAUAUAUAUAUAUAUAUAUAUAUACAUAUACAUAUACAAAAAUACAAUUAAAAGCGCAUAUUUAAAAAUACAAAAAAAAACAAACAUGAAAAAACAAGAUGUAAAAAAACAUUUAAAAAAAGAUGUCACGGAAAGUUUAAAAAAUACCCUAAAAUUAUUAAAAAAUUUAAAAAAAAACACAUAAAAGGAUGUAAAUAUAUUUUUUAAGAUGCAAAAGAAUCAUUCAAAUAUAUAACACAGAAAAGGAUGUAAACAUGAUAAAAGAAGAUUGAUAGCGCGAGGGUGACUAGAUGUUAAAAGUUUGCUUUUGGAGGAUUUGAAUCUCAUCAAACAUUCCACUUGGCGCCUCAAAGCAGAUUAAAGCGGAAUUACGACCUCAUCACAAAUAAUCCCAGCAGCACGGACUCUCGAGUGCGCGGCGACUCGGACGUGCGACCCACGGGUCAAUCAACACGGAAGUCAAAAGGUGAAAUUAGCACAAAGCGAACCACAUGACAACUGUCGUGUUGCUGACUGACUGAACACACAAAAACACCUGAAGAUCUUUGCUCUGACCACGAUGGCCGCUGGUAUUCAUGCUAAUAAAUACAUAUUGUUAGCCGCAAUGGCUAACAUGCUCGUGUUAGCCAAAUUCAAGUGUAGACAAAAAACAGCACAGUGUUUGGAAGCAGAAUGGUUGUUCUUGUUCAACUUCAUCAGUGUUUCCAAAGACUGCAGGUAGCAACUAGCAGCUAACAGCAGUAGCUAACAAGCUAGUUACCCUUCGAACACUCCAACGUUUGUAUACUGACAAUAUUACACCAUGUACAUGCUGUCAUUUGGGUCACAUUUUACUAUGAGUUUGCAGAAAUGAAAUACCUUUUUAGUCAAUUUUUCCACAUAUUUUCAUGUUGUAAAAUUUGUUGUUUGGGCCGAUUUCUGUCAUGUGUUGCUAAAACCAUUGCUGUCACGAAGCUGCUCAUUUCUGCCUAACUUUUCAAUAAAGAUUGACGGAAGAAAAACAGCCGACUGAAGUCCGGAUUUUUCCACGCUGCUCUGGCUCCCUCUGCCGGUUAGUCUGGAAAGUACACGUCAGCCUCCAAAAAAAUACAGUACACGUAAAAAAAACAAGACUGAGCAGUAAGUAAAAAUACACAAGGUCAAACUUUUAGAAUACCUGUGGACAUUAAAAUGAAUUUGUAUGACGAGCAGCAGAGGAACGACAAAUUACCCGGAAAUGAGCGCAACACAACUUCACCUUUAUUUAUUCUCUCCAAUCUUUCAAACCAGCCAAAGAUACCGGACAAGACUUGAAAUAAAAAUAAAAGCUUCUUUCUUAAUUUUGCAAACUGCAAAUUGUAAAAAAUAUGUCUGCAAAAAUAAGCAGCUAACUCGAACCCCAAGUGUGCGCUGUACAACUUUGUCCCGAAGUGGCGUUCUACUCCACAGGAUUCCACCUCUAAAAUGUGUUAUUUUGAAAUUGAAAAGAAGAGAAAAAAAUACUCUGUUGAACAGUCAAUUUUAAAGAAUGACGGAAGUGGAACAUAUAUAUUUCAAAUAAAUAGGACAAAAUAACAACUACCUCUAAAUAAAUCAUCCAUAAAAUGCUGUUCUUAAUGCAGCCUGCAACUCAUGUCACAAGACCGGAAACAUUUUCUUACUUCAACAAGUACAAAUGAAUGCAAUCACAGAAAUGUCUGUACCCUCUUGGGUCUUCCUUGUGAUCAUAACGGACAAAGCCACGUCUUCUAGUCUGCUCUUUGCAAGUUCACUAUCUGCAGCUGCAAGAAAAUAUUCCUUUCUUUAUUGCACGAGCUUCUUCUCUGGAGUUCAGUAUCAUGAAUGUCCCUCGCAAAUAGAGGAAUGAAUGAAGCUGUGGGUGAUGCCUGCUGUUGCGUGGCGUCACUCGGGACACAGCGGGACCAAAUAAUGCCAGGACUGCUUCAUUGAUGCAGGAAGUGGUGGUGAUAAUGCAUACCCAUACAGGAACAAUGCACGUGAUGUGUACUAUUGUCAUGCACUAGACGUAAACGCUACCUGGCAAGGUGUCAAUAAGUCGUGCGGACGGGGGCGUGGUCAUUUUGCGCCAAUACGCACCAUUUGCGGUCAUGACUUGUGUGUAAUUUAGGCGUAAACAGAAUGCAAACUGUGCAAACUAGUCUUUAUGCUUUUCAGGCGUGCCAUAAAUACAGUGCGGAGGCU